AUGAAUUUCGACGACGAUGCCCCUCCAGACCUGGUUGAGGUCAGCGGUGGAAUCCAGGACUCAGAAGAGGGAGCCAAUAUAAAAGUGCCCAUUACCAUUGUAACAGGAUACCUCGGUGCUGGAAAGACGACAUUGUUGAAUUACAUUCUUACGGCUCAGCAUGGAAAAAAGAUUGCCGUCAUCAUGAAUGCUGUGGAUAUUGAGAAAUCUCUCACAGUCAACCAGGGCGAUAAGAGGGUAGAAGAGUGGCUUGAAGUUGGAAAUGGCUGCUUAUGCUGUUCUGUCAAAGAUACCGGCGUCAAUGCCAUCGAGAGUCUGAUGGAAAAGAAGGGAGCCUUUGACUACAUUUUGCUUGAAACAACUGGAUUGGCAGAUCCCGGCAACAUUGCACCUCUCUUCUGGGUCGACGAUGGUCUUGGCAGCACAAUCUAUCUCGACGGAGUAGUGACUCUAGUAGACGCAAAGAACAUUAUAUACAGCCUUGAUGACCCCAAGGGCAAAAUUGAGGACCACAACGAGCAUGACCACCAUGGUCCUUUGAUGACGACAGCUCACGUGCAAAUUUCGCAUGCCGAUGUUAUUGUCCUCAACAAAUCCGACUUGGUGAGCGAGGAGGAUCUAAAAAUAGUCAGGGAACGCAUCGAGUCAAUCAACGGGGCCGCCAGAAUACACGUCACGGAAAAGAGCGUCGUUCCUCAGCUUGAGGGAUUCCUUCUGGACCUUCAUGCAUACGAUCAGUUCAACGUGGCCGAGGCUAAAAGCAAGGGCCAUAGCCACCUGGAUCCUACGAUAUCAACUGUUUCCAUCCCCGUCCCAAGCCUUCGCCCUGAACAGCUGGAGGAUGUCGACCGAUGGCUACGGGCGGUUCUCUGGGACCACAAGCUGCCGGGUGCGGAAAGCGCCGUGGAAUUUGAGAUUCACCGAUCAAAAGGCCGCCUCGUUUUUAGCAAUGGCAAUGUGAAACUAUUGCAGGGGGUAAGGGAGAUAUUCGAGCUCAUCGAUGCCCCCGAUGAAGCUAACGACUCCAUGUUCUCUACAGGAGCGGUGCCGCAGUCCCUACGAGGGAUGCCAGGCGCUUUUGGAAGCCAGCAGCAACCACAACAAGGCCGAUCAGUGUCAACUCGAUUACCAAAUGGUAAAUUAGCAAACAAUGCUUCGGGCUGGGCUUUCAACGCAGCUGUGCCCAUGGGAAGUGCAGCAUUUCAAAACCAGGCUCGCCAGCUGGGCGGCAACGUCAGCUUUGCGCAAAGCUUGAGCGGGUCACAACCUGCAACACCGCUCGACCUGUCGGAAUUUCCAUCUCUAUCGAACAACUCCCAGCUUCCCAGCACGACCCAAGGAUCUAUGUGGUCUACGGCGGGCUCCAGAACCAUAAGCGGGCCAAUCCAGCGGAGUCAACCUGCACCGGGGCCUUCUCAACAGGGCGGACAAGAUGAUCUGUUUGGGCCCCCAUCCUCGCGGAUGCAGUCAAAUCAGGGUCCUUUUCGAUUCGGAGCUCAGCCAACGCAGGUCCAGCCGAACAGCGUCGACGACUUCCCUCCGUUGAAUCGGUCAUCCAACGGCGAAAUAGGCUCAGAGCGUGGUGCCAACUUGAUGUCUUCUCUGGGCUUCAGUCCGCAGAACCCUGGCUCUUCAGGGCCGAUGCCAAACAACGGAGGUAAUGGCUUACUGAACGCUCUCACAGCGACAAACCGAGCAAACGAAGUACGAUCACCGCCUGCUAUUGGCACACCAAACGGCCCUGGUAGACAGCAGCAGCAACCGCAACAGCAGCAACACGAUGGUAAGCAGAAGGCGGCCGUGUUUCGAGAAGACGAUUCCGGUAAGGCAUCAGAAGUGGCCUCGCCAGCUGCUGAGGGACGAGGAUCUCUUGGCGUGAUUGGAAGUGAAGGUCCGAAUGGAAGAUCGAUCGAGCGCAAGGAUAGCCAGGCUGCGGAGAUUGUAGAUCCCUUGGCCGGCAUGUCUGAAGUUGACAAAUGGGGCAUCAAAGGCCUACGGACGCUGAUGAACAACUAUCCCGACUACCAUGCCAUGAUAAUAGGAAUGGAUCCCAACACCAUCGGUCUUGAUUUAAGUUCCCCAGAACUGAUUUCAACCCAAAUGUACUCAUUACUCGACGACACUCCCCCGAAGCCGACGGUGAAUAUAAGUAAAUUUCGGCUGCCCGAGUGCUACAGUGUUACGAAUGUGCAGCCGAUAGAUACCAAGAUACAGAGUUUCAACGAAGAAACUUUGUUUUGGAUCUUUUACAGCUGUCCGAUGGAUGCCAAGCAGCAGAUGGCCGCAGUAGAACUACACUCUCGGAACUGGCGAUGGCAUAAGAAACUGCAGGUCUGGCUAACAAAGGACGAGCACAUGACUCCUCAAAUCUUGAGCCCGAAUCACGAGCGAGGAUACUACAUUGUAUGGGACACAACCGCCUGGCGGAAGGAUCGUCGAGAAUUCACCUUGCACUACGGAGAUUUGGAUACCUCUCUAGGACAGCCGCCGCCGGUUAUGCCAUAAGAAAUGGAUAGGAGUGAAGUGGGGAUGCUCCCUUUAGCCCGGAGAAGGAUUGCUUGCUGUUUAGGGACAUGGAAGCUUGGUCGAGCUGCUUCAUCAUUUUGGCGUUUCAGCCACAAGGACAAGGAUCGAGGAAUUAUUAUUGCUUUUAAAGGAAUGGGUUCGGUAUCAUGACGGUCCUGGAAUGCAGAGUCGGUUUUCAAAGGCACGCCGAUACUCUUAGCUUGCGAUGGUUAACAUGGGUUGCAUUUAUGAAUUAAACGAGAAAUGGCUGGCCAGAACGAGAGUGCUGCGGGCCGAUGUUUAACC